GUCCGUCCACUCCUCUCACGACAGACACGGCUACUCAGUUAUUACGAGUGUUUUGCUUUAUCUCUCACGUCGACGCACACUCACUCUUGAGGAAUUUGAACGGAAUGCUUUAUGAUUAACGCGACUCUGUCUUUGAAAUUCCCCGUUUAAAGCAUGCGGGCAGAUAAAACUGUGUUUUAAGAGGUUUGCACGGGGGUUUGGAUAACUUCUCGGACACCUUCCUGAACGCGGUCCAGUUCAGGUGAUGAUUCAACUCAAAGUGACGGGGAAAGCCAGACCACUCCGAAGGCAUCAGCUCGCCACUAUUGUGAGGUUUAGUGUUGCUGACAGUGAUUCACUUGUUUUUCAUCAGUCAAUUCUAAAAUGUGUUGCUUAAGAACUGCUUCUUAACCAAGGACUCGCGUUUAUGAGCUUGUUCAUUGUUUCGGUGCCCGUGACCACCCUUAGAAACCAGAGGUAUUGUUUACCGAGUUUACCAGCGCAUCACUGGCUUAUGCAAUGCGAGACACGGAAUCAGAUGGUUUGACAUUUCUGUGGAAAUCCAGUCGAUAGUCAAUUUGUAAUUGAAUCAGAUCGGAUGAGGACAGCCGGACACCUGGAGACCUGAGCUCACGCCCUAUUGAACACAUUAGCACCUGUCACGUCGGUCCACCCAAGGUCAUCGCAUCUUCCUAUAUUUCUCCAUCCGGCUGUUAAACGCUCUGCGUCCUACAAUGGAAAGCCUAAGUGAGCUUCAAAACCCUCUUUUGGAUAAGAAUAGCAAGCAUGUGGUCAAGGCCGACUACGGCUACGGGGGAGACUUCCACAGCAACCAGUAUCAGGAGAACAUUAUUAAUUAUUUUGUGACUGGUGGAGGAGGUGGAGGCGGAGGUGGGGUCGCGGUCACAGGAGGAAACGGCAAGGCCAAAGCACAGCUACUGGACGCCACCUCGCUUCAUCUGGCGGUGGAGGCUUUUUACAAGCCAAACUUCAUCCUUUACAAGGACGAUGUGAGCGGCAAGGGUAAGGAUUACAAAAACGAGUGCUGCGAGACCACCUUCGUGGAGAAGAAAGACAAGGAAGUCGCGGUGGAGACGCCCAGUACGGAGGACCCUCAAGCUAAACUGCUGGACGAAAACGAGGUGAAAAUCCAGACGGUGUCUUACGAGGUAGAAGAAGAGGAAUAUGUAGAAUAUGAGACAGAUUGUUCCAGCGAGAGUGAGAGCGAGGACAACUUUAUCGUCAUCCCUCCUCGCGAUCACCUGGGUCUUGCUAUCUUCUCCAUGCUCUGUUGCUUCUGGCCUCUGGGCAUUGCUGCCUUCUACUUUUCUCAGGGGACUAGCAAAGCCGUAACUAAAGGAGACUUCCCAUCGGCUAGCAUCGCCUCCAGACGAGCCCUGUUCCUGGCCGCUCUCUCUAUCACCAUUGGGACAGGGGUGUACGUUGGAGUGGUAGUGGCCCUCAUCGCAUAUCUGUCCAAACCAGGCCACAUAUAGCAGGGCCACGGGGGAACAGCAGGACUCAUGAUAAUACACUAUCCCCGUCUUUUUCUAAAUGUCCGUCUCAUUCCUCACUGUGGACUGCUUGACCGCCCAAAUUAGAGAAAGGGAUUAUGCGGAAAGAAAUGAAGAACUGGGGACUUGUCAUCACCUAAAUGUAAACGUAGAUCUCCAUCACAUCACAGCAGCUGUCCCAUUGGAUACAACUUGUUGCUUAGGUCUACAGAAUAUAUAAACUGGAGACAAACAAGCAAUUCAACGAACCAAGUUCAAAGGGAAGCUAGGACUCCAAGAAAGGAUCAAGAGACCGAGUGCCAUUGGAUUGCUCUUCCCUUUCUAACUGUGCUUCAUUCUGCACCUAAAAGAGCAUUUAAGACGUUCUCUGUUCCUCUCUUGUUAUUGACUAAGUCCAUUAAACCAUUCAGUGUGGGUGGCUCAAACAAUCCAGAGUAGCUGAAUACACAAACAGUUGCGGUAUACUAUUCAUGAAGCACCAUUAAAAAGGAUAGUAUAAAGCAGGUGAUGGAUAUGUUUUUCUGGAACAAAUAAAACAGCCUUGUUAUAAGCAAAGGUAGUGUUUGCACGCAAAUCGAAAUGCUUAUGGCCACAAUGCUGAACUUCUGGAACAAUCUAUUAAAGACAAUGCAGGCCUCUACGAACUGAAAUUCAUCUGUGAAAUUCAGCUCUUGAGUAUACACAACCUAUGCUUUUCCCACUCUAGGGCUCAGUGUUUUGUGUUGUAAAUUCAUGGUCUUUUGUUGUGUUGAAUGUCCACAGCUCUGUUUUGACCCAACACAGGCUGUAGGUAAGACAUGGUAAAAGAAAAGCCAAGUAGGGUGCAGAGAAUUGUGAACAGUAUUGCAACACCAAGGAAAAAGAAGCUUUGCUUUCAUAUCCAUGCGGAUCCUCGCUUGAAUUUCAAAUGCUCUUGGUGUUGGUGUGAAUUUACGCCCAGAUGUCUGAACUGAAUAUGAAUGAUUUGAUAUAUGGAUGGUAGAGAGAUGUGUCAUCCUAACUCCCAAAUGCAUUACAUGUCUUAUGAUCAGAAAGAGCAUCUGAACUGGAACAACUCGAGAUGGAUGAUCAAAUUCAGGGAUGGAUGUUUGAACAAAAAUGCAGGUUAGAAAACAGCUCAGAUUGAAUUGAUUAAUAAUGUAUUGCAUGCCUGCGGGCUCGUGGGCUAAGGUGCGAUAGAAUGAACACACGGGGAAUGUAGUGGCGAAAAGGUUGACUGAUCUACUGCAGCACCAAUUCUGCUUGAAUUUGGCGUGGUCACCCGCAUAAUAACUUCAAAACACAAAAACAGAGAGUGCUAAGGUGGCGGAAAUGUCUAACGUACGGUGCUUAGUUUGAAUCCCAGUGAUACGAGCCUCAGGUGGUAGAAAUGAAAUCGUAUUUAAAUUGAGAGUAAUCUUAUUGCUAGGGAUCCUCCCAUGACACUUAGAGGCGACAGUGUAAUCUUGAAUAGUCUUGUUCUAUACAAAUUACAUUUGGCUUAUGAGACCUAUUAAGUACAAAGAGUCUAUGGCCGAAUUACAGGUGUACUUUAGAGAGUUAUGCUGCUUUCAAGACACCUAAGAUUUAGGAUAUUUCCCACCUCAACCUGGAAAUAAUUCUCAAAAUUAAUUGUAAAAUUCUCAGUCCUCUGCCAUUAAAAUCAUUGCGCUUGUAUUAGACAAGCAUGAGCUUAAAUGAGAACCAUGUGUAGUGACAUCCCAACUUAAUAUUUAAAUAUCUUAUUCUGAUGCCAUAUAAUAUGCAUUACUGGAAAAUGAAGCAUUAUCACAUAAAAGAUGGCCAUACUGUAACUUUUGACAGCUCUGAAAUAAAUAUGUAGGUUUUUAUGUAAAAACGGCAUCCUAUAGUCUUAUAGACCGUUUCAUUGGAUGCGCACGCCUGGACUGCACUUAACUUCUGGUCUGUGUUUGUUUAUCUUUUUCAAUUUUUAUUUAUUUAUUUGUGUAUUUUUUUUUAACAAUUUUUUCAACAUUGUUGUGCGUCUAUUUUAUUAAAUAAACAAUUUGUUGAAUGGGUUCUGUAGUUUUAACGCAUUGCAAGAAACGGUAUGUGACAUCUAGCGGUUGAGCUUGGUAUCCCAGUCUAAAUUCUAAAUAUUGGGAAGGCAAGAAUAGCCAAGUAACGGUUCUUCUCCGUUUCUUUAGCUUGUUAUCAGAAAUAAUCUACAGGCACUCUCUUGUUUGUGAAUGUGUACCGGAAGUUAACUAAAGCCCACUAACACGUGCAUGCGCAGUACCUUUUAUUUAUGUUGUUGCUUUGAAACCGUCUAUAUUUAAAGUUGAUUUCAUCAAAAUUUACCAAAUUGUUUAAAAUCGCUAGAUUUGUAACAGAAUGCACAACAAUAUCAAAACUGUCCCAGAGUUUCAAUGCAUCAGCCCAACGCCUGGAUGGCACAAAACAAACCUCUUCUGCUUUCUUAAAGCUUGUGAUUCAUGCACUCAAAUCCCGCUGGUUUUGUUGUGGUCCUUAGAAAAUGCAUUUCCACCGCAACCACUGAAGCGUUGAAAGCCAACCUGGGACACUUGCAGUCUCUCUGCACAGGUCAUGCAUUAGUCAUACCUGACAUUUACGGUUCACAAUUAGCUUCCCAUAAUGGCUUUUUCUGCAGGAGCGGAUCUCUAGAGCAUAGCAGGAAAUAACCAAAACAGAAUCAGCUUUUUACAAACAACACUAUUUUAAAGGCACUAAAACUUGACCAAGCAAGUUUUACAAUCGGAGUGUUUUCCUCUUUGCUAAAUUAAAUGAAUGUUACAAUGUACUCUUGUGGUGGAGUUCGACCACACAUGCAAAAGCUCUCCACACUGGCUGUAAUGAAAGUAGCCUUCACUUAAUGAUAACUGUGUGCGCUCAACUGACUUCUCUUAUCAGUAAUAUUGAAACAGUAGUAUUGUCAGACAGUUAAGAUUAGCCAUUGACUCCCAAAUUAUUACAUUUUUUUUGUGUUUGCAUCAUUUGAUUCUAAAUGAAUGAUGACAGUCUACCUGCCCUUGUUUGUGUAUCAGACUUGCUCUUUCUCUCCGUUUUACGUUUCCAUAGUGACUAGUCCUUUUUCAAGAUUUAUUUUAAGCCAGGGCUUGACCUUGCAAUGACCUAUAUUGUAACAAUAGUAAGUAUAUGUGCAUUUUCGUUUCGAGAUUUGCAAUCAUUUCUGUUGCUUUGUUUUUUGUUAUCGUCACAAAAAUUAGUUCUUUUGGUGUCACUCAUCAACAAUUCAGACAAAAUGAGAGUGAAGUGUUUAUAAAAGAAUGUCAGUGUUUUUUUGGUGUUGUGAUACUUUGAGUUUUCUCACUCAUGAUCAGAAUGUGCUUGUAAAACAGUGACAACGAUGUAAAUACUGCAAAUGAAAGACG